AUGGCGGCUCGUCCGCUUGUAACCGUUUACAAUGAGAAAUACGAGGCUACAGAAACUCAACUAAAACUUCCGGCGGUGUUUCGUUCUCCUUUGAGACCGGAUAUUGUUAGCUUCAUUCAUGAUCAGAUGUACCGCAACAAACGUCAAGCCCAUGGAGUUUCAACACUGGCCGGAAAGCAACAUUCUGCUGAGUCUUGGGGUACGGGACGUGCUGUUGCUCGUAUACCCCGUGUCCGUGGAGGUGGUACCCACCGGUCUGGACAAGGAGCCUUCGGCAACAUGUGCCGUGGUGGCCACAUGUUUGCGCCUCUGAAAGUGUUUCGGCGAUGGCACCGUCGUAUUAACAUCGCCCAAAAGCGUUAUGCCAUAUGCUCGGCCAUUGCAGCCUCUGGAGUUCCUGCUCUUGUGCAAGCGAGAGGUCAUAUUAUUGAAGAAGUUGCUGAAAUCCCACUCGUUGUCAGCGACAAGAUCGAAUCUUUCCGCAAGACCAAAGAAGCUGUGGCUUUCCUUCGUCGUUCUCAUAUUUGGGCCGACAUUGAAAAGGUCUAUGCUUCAAAACGCACACGUGCAGGUACUGGAAAAAUGAGGAACAAGCUUCAUAAGAGAAAGCUGGGACCUCUGCUUGUCUACGGGCAAGAUGCAGAAUGUGCACGAGCUUUCCGUAACAUUCCUGGCGUCGAUAUACUAAACGUAGAGCGCUUGAAUUUACUCAAAGUUGCACCUGGAGGUCAUCUUGGUCGUCUAAUCAUCUGGACUGAAUCGGCUUUUAAGAAGCUAGAUGCCAUUUAUGGAACACUUAAAGCCAACUCAUCAGAGCAAAAGAAGGGUUGGUCUGUUCCUUUGAACAAGCUUACUAACGCGGAUUUGUCGAGGCUCUUUCGUUCUGAGGAGAUUGUCAGGGCUGUUCGUCCAGUUAAGAAGAAUGUUAAGACAGCCAAGAUACACAGGAAUCCGCUUAAGAAACGUAGGCUAAUGCACAAAUUGAACCCAUACGCUGCUGCUUUACGUGCAGCUGCAAAGAAAGUCAGUGAGAAGUAA